UCAAUUUUAUAAGUUUUUUUUUUUUUUUCCUUUUAGAUCUUUUCUAUUUGCAUUUCUUUCUUUCUUAUUGCUUUCUUUUUCUAUUUUAGUUAUGUUUUUCUAAGUUCCCUCUAACCCAAGCUAGAAGGGAAGCACAUGGGAUUAAUAAUUCUUUAAGUUAUGAUGAUUGAUUGUUUUAAUGAUGAGAAGAAUGGUGUAUGCAUGUUAUCUAUUGUUUAAGUUUUGUUUUUUAUCCUCUUGUGAGAUCUAUAUCCUACAACAUAAUGAACUUUGGGGCAAAAGCCGAUGGUAGGACCGACACAACCAGACCAUUUCUUAGUGCAUGGUCUGCUGCUUGCGCCUCAUCUCAGCCUGCAACAAUCCUAGUGCCCCGUGGAUCCUAUUUGCUGGGCCCCAUAAACUUCAAAGGCCCAUGUAAAAAUACAAAAAUCACUAUUCAGAUCGACGGCACCUUCAUCGCUCCAUCCAAUUACGCAUCACUAGGACCAUCUGGCCACUGGCUGUAUUUCGAUACUGUUCAGGGCGUUUCGAUCUAUGGUGGGACCCUCGAUGGACAGGGAAAGGGCCUAUGGGCCUGCAAAGCGGGCAAUCAGAAUUGCCCAGCUGGCGCAGAGUCACUAACCUUCCACAACGCCAAAGACAUCUUAAUCAGCGGCCUAACAUCGAUCAACAGCCAGCUCUACCACGUGGUGAUCAACGGUUGCCAAAGCGUGAUGAUCCAAGGGGUCAAGAUCAUCGCACCUGGCAACAGCCCCAACACGGACGGCAUACAUGUGCAGCAAUCAAGGGGCGUGACUAUCACUCGCACAGGCAUUAAGACGGGCGAUGAUUGCAUCUCGGUGGGCCCAGGCACAAUGAACUUGUGGGUCGAGCAAAUCUCUUGUGGGCCCGGGCACGGCAUCAGCAUCGGAAGCCUUGGGAAGCACCUCCAAGAAGCAGGGGUGCAAAACGUGACUGUAAAAAAUACCGUAUUUGAGGGAACCUCGAACGGACUGAGGAUAAAAUCGUGGGGAAGGCCCAGCUAUGGGUUCGUCAGAGGCGUCGUUUUUCAGAACGCUAUCAUGAAAAAUGUCAAAAACCCCAUCAUAAUCGACCAAAAUUACUGCCCUCACAACCAAGGUUGCCCUGGCCAGCAUUCGGGUAUAAGAAUCAGUCAAGUGAAAUAUAGCAACAUCCAAGGAACUUCUGCAACUAAAGUGGCGGUGAAAUUCGAUUGCAGUGCGGUCAAUCCAUGCAAAGCCAUUGGUUUGCAGGAUGUGAAGCUUACUUAUCAGAAUCAGCCGGCACAAUCUUUCUGUAAGAACGCUGAUGGAACGUCUGGCGGUUUUGUGGUCCCACCAAGCUGUCUGUAAAUCAUCGUCUUCAUCAUAUAAACAUUGUCCCAAUUAAUUGGGGUAGGCUAUAUAGCUGUCUGUAAACAUACAGGGACUUUUCCCCUCUACCAUCUAAUUAAAACUCGUGAUUAUGUAGAA